CUCGACUGCAUGCGCCUGGAGGAGUGCGGCGAGUGCACGGGCUCCGGCGUCAAGGCGGGCACCUCGCCCAAGACCUGCGGCACCUGCGGCGGGCAGGGUCAGGUCGUGGCGACGGUCAGGACCCCGCUGGGUAACUUUCAGCAGGUGACCGCGUGCAACGCGUGCGGCGGCAGCGGCCAGACCUUCACUCCGUGCUCGGCGUGCGGCGGCGACGGCCGCGUCAGGCGCUCCAAGCGCAUCUCCCUUCGCGUCCCCGCCGGCGUCGACUCGGGCAGCAGGCUCCGCGUCAGGGGCGAGGGCAACGCGGGCAGGAAGGGCGGUCCCCCGGGCGACCUCUACGUGUUCGUCGGCGUCAAGGACGACCCGGACCUGAAGAGGUUCGAGUCCAUCAACGUGUCCUCCACGGUGACCAUCCCUUACACCAAGGCUAUCCUCGGCACCACGCAGAAGGUGCGCACCGUCGACGGGACCGUGGACCUGAAGAUCCCCGCGGGGGUGCAGCCGGGCGCAACCCUGCUCAUGGCGAAGCGCGGUGUGCCCAAGCUCGGGCAGCCCAACGUGAGGGGCGACCAGUACGUCACCGUCAAGGUGACCAUCCCCAAGAGCGUCAGCGGCAAGGAGAAGGAGCUCGUCGAGGAGCUCGAGGGCUUGUCCAACUGAGAGCCUGGCAGAUGGGUGCUGGGCGGCUGCUGAUUCUAUUCUUUGCGCGCGACAUCGAUUAUCAUCAUAUUAUUCCUGUGAAUACGAAAUCAGCCUCGGCUGUUCAUAC